CUUUGGCGUUGUGUUUUGAGUCAUGUUAUGGUGUCGUCAGGGUGAAGUUAUUGUUGUGUUCUUGUCCAGUCGUACUCGAAAGAUUUUUUAAGUGGUAUUUACUAACAAAUAAGAUGAACAUCCUGGAAUCAAUAGCCUAUCAUUUAGGUGCCCCGGAACCAGCGUUAAGGCUGGUUAUAUCGUUACUUGCAGGGUACCCAGUAGCUGCCUUUUAUCACCAUUAUGUUCGCAGUAUGUCUGAGACUCUGCGGCACGUAUUCUUUGUUGUCGUCGGAUUAAUUAUUGCAUAUUUCAAUUAUGGUGAGGAUGUCAUGCAUUCUAUGAUGGCCGUCUUCGGAACUUAUAUUUUCCUGCAGAUCUUUGGUGCAUCCAAGGAAUCUGUGUGCAGUAUUUUUACGUUUACUAUGCUGUAUCUUCUUGCAGGGUACUAUUUGACUGGAACAGAAACGUAUGAUAUUAAAUGGACAAUGGCUCAGUGUGUCCUAACAUUAAGAUUGAUUGGCUUGGUCUUCGAUAUUUAUGAUGGGGCCAAGCCUGAUGAGCUCGUGCCAAAGAAUCAGAGGGAGACUGCACUACAACAUGUGCCAUCACUCCUGGAAAUUGCAGCACAUGCCUACUUCCCAGGGAGUUUCCUUGUUGGACCACAGUUUCCAAUGAGGAGAUAUUUGAAUUUUGUGAAAGGGAAGUAUGAUCAGGAGACCGGAGAUUUAUCAAGCUGCUGGGCUGCGGGGCGUAAGAGAUGUGCUCUCGGAUUUUUGUAUCUUGCAAUCUAUCAGCUUGGCUCUACAUACCUGCCAGAUAGCUAUCUGAUGAGUCAGACAUUUCUUGGUCACACAUUUUGGAAGAAAUGUGUAAUCAUUGGAAUAUGGGGAAAAAUACUGCUUUGUAAAUAUAUCUGCUGUUGGUUGAUAUCAGAAGGUGUCUGCAUUUCAUUCGGACUGACUUUCAAUGGUAAAACUCCAGAAGGUAUAAUAAAAUGGGAUGGAUGUCAAAAUGUUAGCUUGAAUGUGUAUGAAAAUGCAACUAAAUUCGGUGAUUUCAUAGCCUCUUUCAACAUUAACACAAAUUUAUGGGUUGGAACGUACAUAUUUAGGCGCCUGAAGUUCCUUGGCAGCCGUGCAAUUUCUUACGCCGUAACGCUUACAUUCCUAGCUGUUUGGCAUGGUUUGCACUCAGGAUAUUAUGCCUGCUUCUUUAUGGAAUUUGUCAUCAUGCAGUUUGAAAGAGAAGUGACAAGUUUGCUUCGGCGACAUGAAAAAGUAAAAACGGUACUUCUGUCACCGACAGUGUAUCCCUUUGUGUGGGUUAUACUUAAAUUAUAUACAUCCGUUUUUAUGGGUUACUCCUUAGUGCCAUUCGCCCUACUUUCAUUUGGUCGGUGGUUUGAUGUGUACACAUCUCUAUAUUUUUGUGGUCAUAUUGGCUUCCUUUCAUUGAUACUUCUGUGCAGGCUUCUACAGUUGAUACACAUUUAGCACAGGUAAUGGGUUCAGUAACCACUAAAAUGUGGUGUAAUAUUGUGUUUAUGCGGAUAAACAUGAUGGCCUUAAAGUGUGCUCAUUAAUGUAUAAGGUGAAGGAAUGAAGAAAGAUGCCUAGUCGUUGUUAUUGAUGGUUCGGAGAAGAGAAAUGGAACGAAGAAAGAUAAUUCAAAGACUUUGUGCAGACAGCUAAAACAAACUUUUUAAAUUUAUCUUUAUUGUGGCUGCUAGUGUUACUAUUAAUAUCAUUAUUUUUAUUGUUGUGUCUGGGGUCUACGGAAAUCCAACUUUUUUUUCUGACAAGGUGCUAAUUAAGGGGGAAUAUAAGCUUUAACAUUUCUUUUCUCCUAAAAUUGUACCCAUCUCUCUCUCUGUCUCUCUCUCGCUCUCUCUCUCUCUCUGUCUCUCUCUCUCAUCUCAUGUGAUUUAAGCAGCUACAUAACAGUAUUACAUUGUGGCUAUUCAUCAAAGUAUAAAAGGUUUAUGAUUUGUUGUAAUUUUUAUUGUUGCUGUUGUACUGCUACUACUAAUGUAUCACAUCUUGUGUUUUAUCUUGUUAUUUUUCGUGACAAAUUACCUCAAAUAUAAAGGAGAAGUCGUACUUACAAAUCAAGACAUAAAACAUUAAUAUAGUUUUCAUUCUCAUUUAACUUGGUUGGUGACGCAUAUUUUUAAUGCUCAGUGUCAGAUGUGUGGAAUCAGUGUCAGUGUAGUUGUGUACUCAAUUUUUGUGCCCUUUUCUUGGAUACGAUAAACAGUUGCUUCAUAACAAAUUAACCUUGCGAAGAACAAUACACAAAUGUGUGAGAAUAUGGCUCUGUUGUCAUAAAUUUUCAUGUAGUAAUUAUCAGUUGUGCUCCCAAGAUUUACUGGAAGUGUGAAAAAUAUUGAGCUUACUGCUUGUGAUAUAUUAGAGUCAACAGUCCACUUUACAUGGUGCUGCCUGCACGAUAAUGACCUGACUACUUUUGCUGCAUCUUUACAUUUCUUUUACUCAGAUUCUGAAAUUUCUGUACACUGAGUGAAAAUAUGCUUGUGAAUCAAUAGAAACGCACAUCACUGUGUUAAGCACUGAAAGGAUUGUGUAACUUCAAAUCAUGAAGAGAUGAUAUAUUGUUUGUAAAUUACAAAUAUGUGUGGAAGUAGUUAUUUUCUGAAUGAAUAUGUUUUCUGUAUUUGUACUGCUUUGUUUCCUUAGUAAACUACAAAAGCAUGUACUCACAAUUUAAUGAGUAAUUGUCCUUUUUUUCCCCCCUUCUAAAUUCUCCUGAAUACUUAAAUUGUGGGCUUAAAACCCAUUA